AUGCAGUUUUCCAGAAUUGCAAUUUUUUGGAUACUCGUGUUCAAUUUUACGGCCGUCAAAUUCAUUUACGCGCAACUACUGAACUCGAUCGGAUACGCAUUUAACAUGUUGAAGCCGUGCGAUAAUUACAGACCGCGGAUGGAGCACAUUCUCUUCAGAUAUUACGAUCGUCACGUGACGAAUUUCUACUCCGUCAACUUUAACGCCCUAAAUGCCGUUCCUUAUCCCGAAUUCUGUGUGGAUCCGUACACAAAUUCCUCGCAAAUGUCCAUCAUAAUUCCCGGAUGGCGGGAACACUGUGGCCUUAGUUAUGUAAGAAAGGCAGUCAAAAACUUGCACGCGUACCGCGGCGGCUGCGUAACGUGCAUGGAUUACACGAACUUUUCGUUCACCGACAACUACAAGUGCUUGUUCAAUGCGUUCAAGGCAGUGCGAUAUACACUUUAUCGCUUUUACCUCAUGCUGCAAAAAGAUGGCAUCAAUUUCGAGCGUAUUUACGUGUUUGGUCACAGUUACGGGUCACAACUUGCGCUGCAGGCCAGCAUGAUGCUCGGUUACAAGAAAAUCGGCGGAAUUGAUGCUUGUGAUCCCGCUGGCAUUUUAUUUGAUGGGUCAGGUCUCAUGCGGAAGCUGUUACUCGACAAAAAUCCACGUGACGUGCGAUCCGCUGCCAAAACUGUCGAUUGUUGGCACACGAGUUACGGCAUUUAUGGCACAAAAUAUCGAUUGUCGUGUGAGCGGAAUUGGAUUCUCGGGCGGUGUGGAUUACGUCAACCGGGAUCAAGGAAUUCCAAUAUUACGGCGCAUGCAUUUUGUCCCGUUUAUUAUAACCUUUCCUUCAAAUAUUACUUCCCGGCGGUCAAACAACCGAACGCCUUCUGUUCCGUGCCUAAUCCAGCAAAAUACUGGCCAGAUGGUUUCAAAUUGGGAUAUCUGGAAACGCGUAAAUGGUUGGUGCAUGGACAAGUUUUUGUAAACACAAGUCAAGUCUAUCCAUACAACUAA